CCAUAAAAAGGAAAAAAGAAAAAAGACAUGGAUUUGUUGUUCUUUUUUUCUUUCUAAAAUUUUCAUGAAUAAAUGCAGGCGGUGGUGAUAUUCGAAUACUUCAUGUAAUUUGUUGUACAAUACAAAAUACUGUCCAUCAUCGCAACUGCUGUUCCUGUUCCCAACGACAGCUUCGAUCUUUCCAAGGCUCAUUUAAUAUCAAUUCUUUUAUCCUUUUAAUUAAUAAUAACGAAUUACUAUCUGUCCCCCCCGGCGUUCCCGUUUCCGUCAAUCCUUCAUUGACGACGUCGUUUUUCAGGCAUUGUCUUCUUCAUAUCGGUUGUUGUAGAAGUAGACAAGAUUUGGAAGAAUUGAACUUUUGUAGAUAUUGGAAGAUCUAGGAGGUUUUCCCAAUUCUUUUCAUACUAAUAGGGCCUCGCAAACUUGUGGGGUUCUCAAUUUUGGUUCUUAAGUUAUGAUUAAAUUUUGAGAUUGGGGUAAUAACCUGAGAAAUUCAAGUGUAAUAAGAUGUAUGCUGUAGAGAGGCUAGGAAGCUACAUCACCCGGGGUGUGUACACUGUCUCUGGCCCCUUUCACCCUUUUGGUGGAGCUGUGGAUAUUAUUGUGGUGGAACAACCAGAUGGGAGCUUCAAGUCCUCUCCUUGGUAUGUUCGGUUUGGGAAAUUUCAAGGUGUUCUGAAGGCAAGAGAGAAGGUAGUUACCAUUUCUGUUAAUGGAAUUGAGACAAACUUUGACAUGAUUCUUGACCCAAGAGGAGAAGCUUACUUUCUCAGGGAGUUAGAAGGAGAAGAAGGGGACUCAUUAUCCUAUUCAUCAUCUUCAGGUGAUGAGAUGGAUGAGCAGUCCCAGAAAAGUAGCAGACCAAUGAAGUCCAAAAGUUGCGAUUAUGAUGUUAGUAAAAGUUCAGGUGAUCAGCUUGAUGCAAGUAAUGGGAAGAUUGUGGCUAGGAAUAAUUCCCGUCGGUCAAGGAUAUCUGGACUUAUUUUUGGACGGAGGUCAGUGGAGGGGGAUGGUCAUCUAAAGGCAGGUGAUGGUACUGACAUAGCGAGGAUAAGUUCAUUGGAGCGUGCAGAGAUUGCAGCUGACCUUGUCGAAACUUUCAUGUUAGAUGGGAAUGGUUUGGAAGAAAAACUGGUAGAGAUAUCUGAAAUUUCAACAAACGUUGAUGAAGCUAGUAUACAGGUUGCUCACCAAGAUGAUGGCACCAAGGUCACUUGUUCUGAUUCACAAAUUAAAGACACGUUUGAAAGAUGUCCUGGGAAGAACUUGGAUGAAAAAGAGACUUCUGAUGAGAUGGAUGUUGUAUUGCCAGGUUGUAGUGCUUCUGAGGAGGAGAAUAGAUCCCAUAGGGUUGAAUCUUCCUUAAUUUGCGAGACAUCCAAGAGAUUGUACAUAGCUAGUGGAGGAUCUGAGGAAGUCCAUUUAUGUGCUCAAACAUUUCAUGCAACAGCUGAACCAGUAGUUGAGGACACAGUUAACAAGCAAGCUGAGAAUAUUGGGCUGAAGAGAAGAUACAUUGAAUCUCAUGAUAUUUAUCCUCAGCAAACAUUUCCAUCCUCUUCUUCCUUAAAUGGCCAUGAUGAAGCAAACAUUGAAGUGCCAGUAACAAUAUCACCCUUUACUGAAAUGAUCUGUGUUAACCCUGCACUUGAUUCAGUUGAAAUAGAGCCAAAGGCCAUUAGCUCCAUGUCCAGUUCUAGCAACUCAGUUGAUCAGAUUCAAGAUGAGGUGAACAUUGGGAAUGAAAUUACCAGAGACGAUUCAGAACAACUUAAUGGAGAUUGUGGCCUUACAAAAACUAGUCGUAGUCCAGAAUCGGAGAGUUCGGAGGAAGAACAAUUCUUCUUCAGUGAUAUAGAUGACUUUGAACCCAGAGAAGCUCAGGGUGAAUCAGAUUUUCCAGAUGCUGAUGAUAACAACAAUCAUCCUUCAUCAUGUGCAGAAGGGACUAGCAUAAUUAUUGAGCCAGUCCAUAUGAAUGAUGAAUCUUAUUCCCCUUCACAUAAAUGUGUUCAAAAGAAUGGAUUGAGUGAUUUUGGAAACGUGACAGAAAAUCCCAAGUUAAUAUCGAGUCCCAUCCGAAUUCCUAAACAUCAAAGUGUUGCUAGUGCAGAAGUUGAGCGGCUGGUAGAAUCAUUGCCCAAUUUAUGGUCUAACUUUGAUAAUCUGGAUGAAGAUGAUCUCAGUUGUUCUCUGAGCCAUUCAUUAGACUUGAAUUCUAAAUCCUUGGAGUGGAAUAUGCAACAAAAGAAUGAGCCACAGUCUACAAAUGCAGAUACAGGAAAUGAUACUCCAUUGCAGGCUUAUUCCAAAGACGGAGAUACUCUUCAUUCAGAAGAUAACAAAGAUGGUAUCAGCAAUCCUGCUGUUGAGAUAUCUCUUUGCAAACACUUAUUAUAUGAAGGAAUGGGAGCUGAAGCUGCUUCUCAAGCAUUUGCUGCUCAAAAGCUGGAUAUAGAUAAAUUUACAUCGAUAGGCCCUGCAGUUGUGAAGAGUGAUAAGCUUGUUGUUAGAAUUGGCGGCCGUUACUUCCCGUGGGAUACAGCUGCUCCUAUUGUUUUAGGAAUGGUAGCAUUUGCAAGUGAAAACAUAUUUGAACCCAAAGGCAUGAUACCUGUUGAUCAAGUUGAGAAAUCUCUUGUAGGGGAUCCAUCGGAAACCAUUGUUACCACUGGUGGAAGCUGGAGACUUUGGCCUUUCCCCUUUAGAAGAUCAAGAUCCAGGAAGACCACACCUGCCCUAAAUGAUACUAGAAGUUCUGAUGCUGAGAAUGUUUCAGAGAGCAAUGCUGGGGUGGAUAAUAGUAGAAAAGUGCUUGAUGGAAGGGUUUCCAAAAAGAUGAUAAAGGCAGUUACUCCAACAUCUGAACAGCUGGCAUCCUUGAAUCUGAGGGAAGGGAGCAAUGAGGUUACGUUCACAUUCUCCACGUCAGUGCUAGGGAGGCAGAAGGUUGAUGCUAGAAUUUUUUUGUGGAAAUGGAACACUCGGAUUGUGAUCUCAGAUGUUGAUGGGACAAUAACAAAAUCAGAUGUUCUUGGCCAGUUCAUGCCUUUGGUUGGGAUAGAUUGGUCACAAACUGGAGUUGCACAUUUGUUUUCAGCUAUUAAGGAUAAUGGGUAUCAAUUCCUUUAUCUAAGUGCUCGUGCAAUUGCUCAAGCCUAUAUUACUAGACAGUUCCUAGUUAACUUUAAGCAGGAUGGGAAGGCUUUACCAGAUGGUCCUGUUGUUAUUUCCCCUGAUGGACUUUUUCCUUCUCUAUUUCGUGAAGUCAUUAGAAGGGCUCCUCAUGAAUUCAAGAUUGCCUGCCUGGAGGAUAUCAGGGCAUUGUUUCCUUCUGAUUGCAACCCCUUCUAUGCUGGAUUUGGUAAUAGAGAUACCGAUGAGAUUAGCUACCUCAAGGUUGGAAUUCCAAAGGGAAAGAUUUUCAUUAUUAAUCCCAAGGGUGAGGUUGCCGUAAACCGCCUGGUUGACACGAGAUCAUACACUUCACUUCAUGCUCUUGUGCAUGGCAUGUUUCCUGCCAUGACAUCAUCUGAGCAGGAGGACUAUAAUUCAUGGAAUUUCUGGAAAUUGCCACCUCCUGAUAUUAAUAUGUGAAGAUGUCUACAGGAAGAUUUUGCUCAACCCACUGAAUCAGAUCGAGACCAAUGGGUUUCGACCAAGAUUGUUUUGGACCUAGUCAGAGAGCGGAAGUUAAGUUGGCUGUCAUAAUCUGUAGCGAUGCCUAAGAUUUGGGGAAAUGUUAUGUGAUCCAACGUUUUUCUGCCAACUUAUUGUACUGUUCAGUUGUAGGAAAAGAAUAUCUACAGUACCAUAUGUUUGUUAUAAAAAAGGAUGCAGAUGUACCAGACAAAUUUAGAUUGCAAGAAUGGCGAUGGUGUUCGUUAAAUGGAUACUCGUAUUUUCAGCACAUAGUUGGCAUUCAUCCUAUUGUUAAUAAUAGCCAACUCGUGUUAUCUUAUCUUAUCCUAUCCUUGGGCAUACAUUCAGUUGCUCAACUCUGAUGUGAACAUGAAAAUGGUUCUCAUUCGUUGUUUAAAAAUCAAAAGAAAUAAAAUUAUAAUGUGAAUAAAGUACUUAAUCUGCAUGUGCUGCAGAAUGUUUUAUUUGAAACCAUUAUCCUGCUUUACUCCAAAAAUAUAUCCACAUUGUGAAUACGAAUACAAGUAUCUUUCUUGAAAUUAAAGUAGAGAUUAGAGGUUGACUUGCAGGUAGUGGAAUUUCACUAAUUUCACAUGGUUAUCACCACGUGUAGUGUACAGACCAGUACAAAACAUAGUCAUCAGGAAGCAAGAGUCAAGUGUAACGAUGGCCUCGUAGCAAUUGCUUGUUUGACGUUUUCACGAUUACUGGAAGAAACUCUUGAAAUGUUCUUCGUGGCAAACAUUUGUAACUUUGAGAAAACCUACGUUUUAUUCAACUCUGAAAUGAUUUUGUAUUUACAUCAAUGUUUUACAUC